GCUUUUUCAAGUCUGUUUUUUAUUUUUCAUUGGAUGAUUGCUGUUUGCAGAAGCUAAAAUGAGCAACGACGUAUUAUUCUAAACAUCGGCGUUACUUACUUAUGGAGACUGUUGCUGUCUGCUGCACUGCGUGCGGAGAGGUGGUAAACCAUGGCUCAGCAAGGACGCAUCCAGUACUCAACAUUCUCAUGUGCAAGGUGUGUCACCGACAGUUCAAGCGCACCAAGUUUGUCGCAGAAGACGGCGAGAAUCAGGACACAUGCCAGCUAUGCGCCAGCGAGAGGACAGAUGCACAGCUGGUCUGCUGCGACAGCUGCCCGUUCGUCUUCUGUACUUGCUGCAUCCAUCUGAACUUGGGGUUUGUCGGCUUGCAGAAAGUGGUGGCGUCGGACGUCUGGAGCUGCUUCAGCUGCGAGCCACAGGCGAUUGCCCCUCUGCAAGAACUGUGUGCUGUGACACUGGGCCAGAAGAAAGGCAAAGCUCGCAAGCGGCGACGGCAAGAUGUCAGCGAGGACUCCCUCAGCGACUCAUGUGAACAAUGUUCACCAGCCUUGAAACGCGAAAGAAAGCCAGAACCCAUGGCUAGAGCAGCUGCAGCAGCAGCAUUAGAAACAGCGGAAACUACAGCAAAUUCGGUAUCAGUUGCUACAGUGCAGGAAGCUGCGGGGACUAACUCCAUUGGGCAUGGCAGCGGAGAUUUGCAGACCAAAGCGGUAAUUAUACGGCCGCAGAUAUUCUACUCAACUAGCCACUCGGAUAGCGAUGGGAUUGCUGUAGUGGAGAACACUCAACGCCAUAAGCAGCGUACCAACCACGGUCGAUCCAACAAUCUGCUUGCGACAAGUAAUGAUGAUGAUGAUGAUGAUGGGGAUGAUGAUGUCGCCGCCAAGGCCCCCAGUGAUGCUGAUGAUGAUGGCAUGAACGCCGCCUCACCAGCACCGGCGGACCAGCGUAACCAAACACCAGAAGUCGACAGCACUGUCCGCAAGUCUGAAUCCGAUGCUGACGUCGGGCAAAAUGUUUGUUCGGAGGACGCCGCAGAUACGAUGCCUAACAAGACGAGAGUGAGCCGAUGGGGCCUUCGGCGGCGAAAGCGCCGCAAACUCAAGGUGAAGAAAGCUGGUGCGUCUUCUUCUAGCGUUGGAUCGCAGAGAAGUGACGUCGAGCCGCCGGAUCAGACAGCAUUGCAGCCGGUCAGCGAACGGGAAGAGGUGCCCGAACGUGACGUCUGCCGUGCGUCCGAUGACAGUGAACCUGGCGAUGUCGCGGCGCAACGCCAUGCGCAUCAGCAGCCCGAUGUGGAAGAUCCACCGGAGGAUAGUGCACGCUCCAGUUCUGAGCACAGUGUGUCCCGGGAAAAGGUUAGCUCUGUGCGUUCAGCCCGUCGUCGACGGCACCAGCAGAAGGCAAAGCACCAGCAGGCUGGGUCUCGGACUCGUUCGCCUAUGAGAGAGGAUGGUGACAGUGGGCCACACUUAGAUGGUGAUAUGUCACCAGAGAUGGCAGCAUCACCGGCACCUGUGCCGCAAAGCGAUCACGAUAGUCCGGCUGAAGUGGAUGUUGCUGUGCCGACCGUGAAAAAGGAGAUUAAGGAUACGGACAGUGAAGGCACUGGCCGUGGUGUCGCUACAACAGUCAAUGGUGCUGGUGACACACGGCUGUCCCCUACGGCAUGUCGCCGCAGAUUUAGCCGCCGUCGCCGACAACCAUCCAACGGUGUUGCCGAGGGACUGGAAAGCAGUCCUACUGUAAGCAGUGGUGGUGGUGCUGGUUGUCCUGGUAAUCGUAGUAGCGGACCGAAGAAGGACAGCGUGUUUAUACUGAUUGAUAGCUCUGACAAGUCAUCUGCAUCUGCCAAUAAUACGGAUGCCAAUGUAGAAGACACCCAGCGAUCAGACGCACCGGAGUUUUCUCAAGAAGCCAGCCCUGACAGUCCUAUUGUCUACUCGCCAUCGCCAAGUCCUGGUCAUCACUCAGGAGACAGCCCAGCAGCUGGCAGUCCCGUUGCAGACCGCGCGAGUGUGCUGCCACGAAAAGCGUCAACUUCUUCCCUUUCUGCCAUGGAGGAUUGUCGCCCAGGUGGUGGUGCUGGAAUAUCACGUGAUGCACGCAAGACAUCCAGGUCGUCAACGGAGGAACUGUCUUCUGAUUUCGAGGUCCAGCUGAGGAAAUUGUCGCCGAGAAAGCCAGCAGACCCACCACUCUCUCAAGGUGCCUGGUCGUCAUCAGCUGAGAAAGUAUGUGACGAGGACGCCAGUGAGACUAGACAUUCGUCCCCAGCAGCUCCGGCAUUGAAUACACCGCCAGCGGGUCGCAAGCGGAAGCAAGCUACGCCUAGGAAAAGGACGGAGGAUGCCCUACACCAGCAAGGUUCUCCACGGCCCCAACAGAAGGCCAAGCCGGGAAGGAAACGCCGUACUUUCUUUAUGACAAGCUCCGAGUCUGAGCUCAGCGAUCUCUCAGACUCUGAUAAGUCUGGCCAAGACGAAGGCAACAACAGCUCGAAUGACAGCGCUGGCUUCCAGGCAUCUCCGUCUCGGAGACUGCUUGAAUCUUCUGAUGAGUUUUCCGAUACUGGAGCAGAGGCCGAGGAGGAGAGUCCGCUGAGUUUGUCAUCGUCGAGUGAUGAUGAUACUCCACUUUCUAUGCGUACCAGGUCAACAGCUGCACAGCGGAAAGGUACGAAGGCGAAAGGACGCUCGUCUGGCACUCGUGGCCCUCACGUGCUGAAAGAAGACGCACCGAGCAAGAAAAAGAAGAAGAAGCAGAAGGUGGUCGUGCUUAGCAGCAGCAGCAGUAGCGACGACGACGCCAAGGACAGUAACGAUGACUCCAGCGUGGACAACUCGCAGACGCGCCGCAAGCUGCGCCGAAUCAUCGAUGAGGACCGCCUCAAGGCUAGCACACGGAACGCCGUCAAGGAGGAGGAGGAUCGCAGGCGGCGUGUCAAGCAGCAGGCCAUUCUCAUCGACGAUGCCUGCGAGGGGAAGAAGUCCAUCGUACUGGAGGUGGAUGCCGAGACCAAGGAGCCUGUCAUCCAGGUGUCCGACUACUUCACCGCCUGCCUGAAGCCACAUCAGGUGGAGGGUGUCAGGUUCUUGUACAAUGCUUGCGUGGAGACUUACAAGAAUAUCGACUCAGAGAAGGCCUGGGGCAACGGUGCUGUGCUGGCCCACUGUAUGGGUUUGGGAAAGACGUUGCAGGCAAUAGCGUUCAUGGACGUGCUGAUGUGUGGUCGCUAUAAUGACCUGUUCAAGGUGAAGUCCAUCAUGGUGGUCGCGCCUGCCUCAACGCUUCACAACUGGGAGAUGGAAUUCAAGAAGUGGAUACCCGAGGAUGACUUACCGCAGAUCUACAACUAUGCAGAAUUCGGCAAGAGGCAGUUGGGAAGUCGAGUGGAGUGGCUUGAUGAGUGGCACAACGGUGGCGGUAUUCUCAUCAUCAACUACGAGGCGAUGCGAGUUCUGCUGCAGAACAAGCAGAGCAAGAAGUACAAGAAGAGACUGGAGAUGUUCUUGACAGACCCAGGACCGGAUGUGAUCAUCUGUGACGAAGGUCACCUGCUGAGGAACGUUUCAUCGCAGAUAUCGAAAACCAUGGCGUUGAUGAAGUGCCACUGCCGCGUUGUUCUGACAGGCACUCCGCUGCAGAACAACUUGAAGGAGUACUUUGCCAUGAUGGACUUUGUCAAGCCGAAUCUGCUGGGCACGAUGCGCGAGUUCACGAACCGCUUCGUCAACCCAAUUGCCAACGGCCAGUGUGCUGACAGCACCCAGACCGACGUGAAUCGCAUGAAGCGCCAGUCUCACGUCCUCAAUCGCCUGCUGGAAGCCACCGUGCAUCGGCGCGACUUCAGCGCGCUGCUGCCGUACCUGCCGCCCAAGCACGAGUUCAUCUUCUCUGUGCGUCUCUCCGCCGUCCAGGUGAAGCUCUAUCGCAAGUACCUGAGCGUGUUUGUGGAGGGCAAGAACACGACAGCGACGAUUGCACGUGCUGUGCUGGAAGCGUUCCACGACUUGAUGAGUAUUGUAACCCAUCCGAAAGUCCUGUUUGAACGCAGUGAGAAGCGCAGGGCUAAGCGCGAGGCCAGGGAGGAGGCAGAGCAAAUGAAAAAUUUCGUUGCCGACACUGACGAGGAGGAAGGCAGUGUUUCCGAGGAUGCUAGUGGACAGGAAAUCGAUACUCUGCUUCGGGAGAAUGCCAAGAAAGCAGCCGUUGCUGAAGCAGCAAGAUCGGCAGCCGCAAUUGCAGUAUCAGCACCUUCACCCAGUACUGCGACCUCCACUAUUAAAUCUGAUUGGUUCAAGGGCACUGUGCUGGAGGAUGAAUGCGGAAUACUGGAACUCAGCGGCAAGUUGGCUAUCCUCUUCCGCGUUUUGCAACUCGCAGAGAAAGUCGGCGACAAGGUUCUGGUCUUCUCGCAGAGCCUGUUCUCGCUCGAUCUCAUCGAGCACUUCCUGGGGCAGCCAGAGUACGGCGAUUGGGUUCGCUGCCUGGACUACUUCCGUCUGGACGGCAGUGUGAAGCUGGCUGACCGUGAGAACUACGCCACCAGGUUCAACAAGCCGAGCAACAAGAGACUGAGACUUAUGUUGAUUUCGACUCGCGCUGGUGGCUUGGGAAUAAACCUCCAAGCGGCCAACCGUGUCAUUGUGUUUGACGUCUCCUGGAACCCGAGUAACGACACCCAAUCGCUGUUCCGUGUGUUGCGCUUUGGCCAGACUAAAUCCGUGUUUGUCUACCGGUUAGUUGCUCAGGGCACGAUGGAAGAGAAGAUCUAUGAUCGCCAGGUCACCAAGCAGUCCCUCUCGUUACGUGUCGUUGACGAGCAGCAGAUCCAGCGUCAUUUUACCUUUGACCAGAUUCAACGCCUCUUCGACUUUGACCCAGACCUACUUCCAGAAGAUCGAGAGGCCCUAGGUGAUUCUGAGGACGACAAGUCGACGGCAUCGGCCAUGACAGCAAGCUCCCAUGUCGACCGCACAGAUGGCGGGAACGAGAAGACUCUGGCUGAGCUUCCCGAAGUGGAGGAGAAAGAUGUCAAGGAUCCCAUCUUGACUAUUCUGUUGGAGGAGAUGAAGCCAUCAUGGCUCGUGCGCGUACACAAUCACAACUCUUUGCUUGAAGAUCAGCCUGAUGAUCAUCUAACUGAAGCUGAGAAGCAGGAGGCCUGGGAGUGGUACCAGAAAGAAAAGGAGACCGGAGAGGAGCAGCUUAGGGCAUUGCGCUCUUUAUCUUCCCAGAUGAAUCCUGAUCUGGGUGCGAGCAAGCUGGAGCCGCAGCAGCAGCAGCGCAUGCACCAGCUCAUGCAACAGCAUGGGCUACUGCAAGCCAAUCCGCGGCCAGGCGUACCACGCUGGAUGAACCCGCACGUAGCCGAUCCACGCGCUGUCCUCCCUCACAUGGCCCAGCAGGUUAUGCGGCCUGCGUUCAGCGCUCAACAGGAAGCCGAGGAAAGGGAUCGCCGACUCAAGCUGCUGGAAACUCGAAUACGAACUCUACUCGACUUCCGUAUCAAAGUACUGCCCGCUAUGUACCAGGCUAAGCUGGCCGAGGUCCUGCCUCUGUGCUUGCAGAAUGGUGAUAUCAACGCUGGCUAUGGACAGUUUGUCAGGGCGCUGGAGCUUUUUGAACAGCAGUGGCUUGUUCAGAAGGCUAGCUUAGCCUUAGCUGCAUCUCAGGAACCGGGACACGGAAAUGAGAAGCCGACCGCUGACGGUCAAAAGCAACAGUUCCGCCAGGCUGCUCUGCCGCUCAUGGAAUUACCAAAGCGACAAGGACAGCCCGCUGUUGCGUCCAGCACCUCCGUCUCGCUGCAGCCAGUACAGACAGGAAUGCGCCAGCCUGUAGCCUCCGUCGUUUCUAGCACACGUCAGCCGGUAGCCUAUGCCACCUCUGGCACGCAGCAGCCCAUGCAGACGUCGGUCCAGCAGCCUGCAACCUCCGCCAUUUCCACCACACGGCAGCCUGUAGAAACAAACACAGGUAUGAAUGUGCCGGACUUUGCUCCUUCCUCCACCCUCUAUUCCUCUCUGCAGCUUCCUCCUCAGUAAUCUCUUUCUCCUCGGUUGAAUAGGUGGGAGCGGCGGCAGCAGCUGAGUUAGAUUUUAGACCCACCAGUAGUCUACAACCCUCUUUGCGUUUCUGUCCGCUCGUCACUUCUGCUUUUCCUACCUCAACCCAGUGGCUUUUUGUUUCAGCAAGCUAUAGAAAACCCUGUCCACUGCGAGCGGAGGGCCGAAGAACCUCAACUACAGAUGUAAACCCACUGUCAAAAUAAUGUGAAUUUGGAACAUCCCUAGGACAUUGCCAGUCCCCUCCCCCCAACUUACUCCAUGCUGAAAAAUAGUCACAUCAACAGUACAUCGCUAACCACACACACACACACACACACACACACACACACACACACACACACACACACACACACACACACACACACACACACACACACACACACACACACACACACACACACACACACACACACACACACACACACACACACACACACACUCUCUCUCUCUCUCUCUCUCUCUCUCUCUCUCUCUCUCUCAUUUACGUUCCUACUGUGGGGUGUCUGUGUAUCAUAUUGAAAUCAAAAGUUGUCAGUGGACUUGUACAUAUUUCCUAAACAUACUUUUUGUGUAAUUCAGCAGCACACGCCGUUGUAACCGUGUAAAUCAUCAAACACAUACAUUGUAUCUAAAUACCACCUAGCGCUUGGUCAAGAAGAAUUUUAACUCUGCUGCUACUACUGUACAGCUAUAGUGAUGGCUAACAUGAUAUUGGCUUUAUGCUCUUUUUGCAACGAUCUAUUCUACUUUUUAUCAACGACGUCCUUUUUCACCGCAUCCGCCUGUAUCAUGCUUCUCAUCAUUUCAGUGUUGUAACUUGUUUUCACCAACAGUAAGCACACUGUUUGCGUCGGGUCGCCCCGCUCAGUGACCUGUUCCAUGCACCCGUCCGUUUUUAUAUUUUUUUUACCUUGUGUCCGAGUCUUCUGACUCAGUGUUUAGGUGGCACGAAGAAUACUGGUACAGUACUGUAUAUUGCUCUCUGUGGUCUUGUAGCUGCAUGUUCCUGUUUCUCUUUUCAACAUGUCAAUCAUAUUUUAUGGCGAAGGAUAGUGCAACACCUUCAUAUCAUAUUGUGUUCACUUGUGUGAAGUCCAACUUCGGAGUGGAAGAGAACAAGAUCAACUACCAGUACCUUA